GGAAGAUGAGGGAAUCUGCCAGCUCACCCUUCCAGGACCCUAGUGUGGGGGCCGAAUCCCAUGGACCUGACCUCAGAGGUGCACCAGUGCCGCCCAGGCCUGGCUCCGCUGGGGGGCUUCAAUGUGGACCUGGCCCGGACCUGGGUCACGCCUGCGGGAGAUACGCCUUUUGUGCUCAGCUCCCUUCUGCACCAAGAUUCCAGCACCGGCCAGACCUGGCUCCUGGUCACCAGCCCUAGAACCAAGGGGACAGCAGGGCACCUGCAUCGAUGUUCCCUCGGCCAGGAUGAGAUCCACUGUCAACCAGUAGAGCAUGUCUUCAUCCCAAAUGGGAGGCACCAGGGAGUGACAGUUGUCCGGAACCACCACGGUGUUUUGAUCUGCAUUCAAGUGACAGCCCGGCGGUCCCGCAGCCUCACCUCACAAUUUACAGGCAACUGCAGCCUACUGGCCCCUGACCUCCAUCUCCAGGCCCAAGUCUACUUCUCUGACCUUGAAAAUAUCCUGGAUCCAGAUGUACACAUGGAUGCUGGAGACUGCUCCAGGAACAAAGAAAGCAGCACAGAGGAGGAUGAGAACACACCUAGGCACCGCCGGGCCCUGGAGAAGGCAGGGGAGGAGGAGGAGGAGGAGGAGGAGGAAGAGGAAGCUGGCACCGAGAUUGCCAUCAUCCUGGAUGGUUCAGGAAGCAUUGAGCCCCCGGACUUCCAGAGAGCCAAAGAUUUCAUCUCCAACAUGAUGAGGAACUUCCAUGAGAAGUGCUUUGAGUGCAGCUUUGCCUUGGUACAGUAUGGGGAAGUGAUCCAGACUGAGUUUGACCUUCGGGACAGCCAGGAUGUGAUGGCCUCCCUUGCCAGAGUUCAGAACAUCACUCAAGUGAAGAGUGUCACCAAGACCGCUUCAGCCAUGCAGUAUGUCCUAGACAACAUCUUCACGCCAAGUCAUGGUUCCAGAAAAAAUGCAUCCAAGGUCAUGGUGGUGCUCACGGAUGGGGACAUAUUCCAGGACCCCCUCAACCUCAUGAAUGUCAUCAGCUCCCCAAAGAUGCGAGGCAUUGAGCGCUUUGCCAUCGGGGUGGGAGAGGCAUUUGAGAAGGAGAAGACUGACAAGGAACUGAAGCUGAUCGCCUCGGACCCUGAUGAGACCCAUGCCUUCAAGGUGACCAACUACACAGCGCUGGAUGGGCUACUGAGCAAACUGCAGCAGAACAUCAUUCACAUGGAAGGCACGGUCGGAGAGGCCCUUCACUACCAGAUGGCACAGGUUGGGUUCAGCGCCCAGAUUCUGGAUGAGGGGCAAGUGCUGCUCGGCGCCGUCGGAGCCUUCAACUGGUCGGGGGGCGCGCUGCUCUACGACACGCGCAGCCGUCGAGGCCACUUCCUGAACCAGACGGCGGCGGACGCCGAGGCUGCGCAGUACAGCUACCUGGGUUAUGCGGUGGCCGUGCUGCACGAGGCCUGCGGCCGCUCCUUUGUGGCGGGGGCUCGCGGCAUAGGCAGCGGGGGACCGUGUUUGCGAUCCAGAAGGAGGCCAAAGAGGCCAACUUCGUUCCAGUGCUGGAGGGAGAGCAGAUGGGGUCCUAUUUUGGCUCUGAGCUGUGCCCCGUGGAUCGACAUGGAUGGGACCACUGACUUCUUGCUGGUGGCUGCGCCGUUUUACCACAUUCGUGGGGAAGAAGGCAGAGUCUACGUGUACCGCUUGAAUGAACAGGAUGGUUCCUUCUCCUUGGCACGCAAGCUGAGUGGGCAACCGGGAUUCACCAAUGCCCGGUUUGGCUUUGCCAUGGCGGCGGUGGGAGAUAUCAGUCAGGAUAAGCUCACAGAUGUGGCAAUCGGGGCCCCCCUGGAGGGUUUUGGGGCAGACGAUGGCACCAGCUUCGGCAGCGUGUACAUCUACAAUGGACGCUGGGACGGCCUUUCUGCCAGCCCCUCGCAGUGGAUCAGAGCCUCAGCAGUGGCCCCAGGACUCCGCUACUUCGGCAUGUCCGUGGCUGGUGGCUUAGAUUUCAGUGGCGACGGCCUUGUUGACAUCACCGUGGGCACUCUGGGUCGAGCAGCUGUGCUCUGCUCAAGACCUGUGGUUCACCUGAAGGUGUCCAUGACCUUCACCCCCAGGGCACUGCCCAUUGACUUCAACAACAGUGUGAAUGUACAUUUGUGCUUUGAAGUCAGCUCUGCCACCCCAGCUGGUGACACAGGCCUCAGAGAGUCGUCUCUUCGCUUCACAGUGGACAUAGAUGUGAAGAAGCAGAGGAAAAGGCUGCAGUGUUCAGACACAAAAACUUGUCUGAGCUACUUUAGGGAGUGGAACAGUGGGUCACGUCUUUGUGAGAAUCUCUUGCUCAUCCCCACAGAGGGAGAGCUCUGUGAGGAGGACUGCUUCUCCAACGUCAGCCUCAAGGUCAGCUAUCAACUCCAGACCCUCACUGGCCACAGGGACCAUCUCCACCCCAUCCUGGACCUCUACACUGAGCCCUCUGCCAUCUUCCAGCUGUCCUACGAGAAGGCCUGCAACAAUACGCUGUUUUGUGUUGCAGAGUUACACGUGGCCACCACCAUCUCACAGCAGGAAUUGGUGGUGGGUCUCACGAAGGAGCUGACCAUGAACAUUAGUGUAACUAACUCUGGGGAAGAUUCCUACAUGACAAGCUUGGCUUUGAAAUACCCAAAAAACUUACAGUUUAAGAGGAUACAAAAGCCUCCCUCUCCAGACAUUCAGUGUGAUGACCCAAAGCCAAUUGCUUCUAUCCUGGUCAUGAACUGCAAGAUUGGUCACCCCAUAUUCAAGAGGUUGUCUGCCAACUUUUCAGUAGUUUGGCAGCUAGAGGAAAAUGCCUUUCCAAACAGGACAGCAGACAUCGCUGUGAUGAUCACCAAUUACAACGAGAAAAGGUCUUUGGUAAGCAAGACCCACAGCCUUCAAGUCAGGCAUGUCUUCAUUGCAGUUCUUACCAAACCAUCAGUGAUGUACAUGAACAUAAGCCGGGGACUUUCUGACCACAAAGAAUUCCUGUUCAGUAUACAUGGGGAAAAUCUCUUUGGUGCAGAAUUCCAGUUGCAAAUUUGUGUUCCAAUCAAAAUACAAGGUCUCCAGAUUGUAAGAGUGAAGAACCUGACAAGGACUCAGGCCUACGCUGUCUGCGCCCAGAGUCAGGAGCGCGUUUGUGGGAGGGACCCUGUUCAGCAUGUGGAAGAAUGGCAUUCUGUGAGCUGUGCCGUCACUUCCGAUAGAGAAAAUGUUACCGUGGUUGCAGAGCUCUCCUUUAGUCACGCUGAGCAGUUACUAAAAGCCAUAAGUGAACUACAGAUCCUUGGUGAAAUAUCUUUCAACAAGUCUCUGUAUGAAGGGCUGAAUUCAGAGAACCACAGAACCAAGAUAACUGUCAUCCUUCUGAAAGAUGAAGAGUACUAUUCUUUGCCUGUCAUCAUUGGAAGCAGUGUUGGUGGCCUUCUGGUUUUGAUUGUAAUUAUAGUCAUCCUAUUCAAGUGUGGCUUUUUUAAAAGAAAAUAUCAGCAGUUGAACUUGGACAGCAUGAAGAAGGCCCAGCUGAAAUCAGAGAAUCUGCAUACAGAAGAAAAUUAGGACCUGUGUCUUCAUCCACUGGGAGAGACCAUCAGCUCAGUCCUUGGAUGCAUUGGGACUUGGUGUCUCACUGAUUACCUUUUCCUUCAGGAUAAUCUAGAGCAGCCUCUAACAAAUUGUAUAUAGAAUAUUGUUUUGUAACCAUAUGUUGUCUAGUCUGUGCUAAAGUAAACCUGGGAAACAUUGGAUAUUAAAUAAAGUUAAACUGUUUUCCUUA